AUGGCGGAGCUGGCCGCGGCGCUGGCGGCCCUGUCUGGCGGCAAAGCGGGCGGCAGCAGCGCGUCGCCGGCGCCCACCCCCACGCCCAUCAGCCCCACCACCCUGGCGCAGCCCGGCUGGUUCAUCCCGCCCCACCUGCUGCGCCUGCCGCACUGCCGCGCCUCGGCCUUCACGGCGCACGAGUGCAGCAGGGAGGCGGCCAGCCACCCCACAGACUUUGAGCGCGUGUACCGAUACGGGCUCAGCCUGCAGGAGCUGGCCAGCAAGCUGGCGCAGCAGCCUGCCGACCAGCUGUCGCUGCUGCACCAGGCGGCGGAGGUGUACAUGGAGGCGUCGCAGCUUCAGGGCGGCCGCCACGCAGCCGCGCUGUACAACUGGGCCGUGGCGCUCACCGACAUUGCCCGCCUGGUGCGGGCGCAGCAGCCGGAGGAGGCGUAUGAGUGCCUGGCCGCCGCCGCCUCCAAAUAUGCUCAGUCCCUGGCGGCCAACAACAACCUGGGCCUGGUGCUGCAGGACCUGUCCUCUCUGCGCCCCGCCGCCGAGCGCGCCGCCUACCUGCGCCACUCGCUGCACAAGUUCCGGCGCGCCAUCCGCCUGCGCCCCGACUUUGACCGCGCAUGCUACAACCUAGGUGGGGCUGGCGUCGGCGGAAGCUGGGCGGCCGCACAGCCGCUGCCUGCGUGCACUGUGCUCUACUCCCAUGCCUGCUCGCUGCAAGAGGAGCUGCUGGCCAGCCAGGAGGCAGCCGAGGCGGCGGCGGGCGGCGGCGGGCAGCGCGGCGGCAGCAGCAUGGGCAUGGGCAGCCCUGUGAUGGCGGCGGCGGCGGCCGCGGCGGCGGCCGCCGGCAGCAGCGGGCGGGGGGCCGCGGAGCGUGCCAUCCAAGCCACCUUUGGGCAUGCUGCGCAGUACAUUGCGCUGGCGUACGCCAUGCAGCCGGACAAGCAGGUGUACGGCGACAGCCUGGCAGCGGUGCAGCGCCUGCUGCCGCUGCCCUACCUGCGCGCCGGCCCGCUGCUGGCGGCCCACCCAGACACGGCGGGCGGGCCAGAGGAGCGCUGGGUGGCCUGCUGGUUUGGGCUGGGGCUGCAAGGCAUGGCGGCGGUGCGCCCGCCGGCGGCGUAUGCGGCGCACGGCGGCCUGCCCGCCGCGCCGCCGCCCGUAGCCUUCCAGCUCGCUGACGUGGCGGAUGCCAGGCUGGCGGCCGACCCCAGCCUGCCCGUGGGCGCCGCCAUCUGGCUGGGCCUGGGCAGCCAGCCCAGGGGCGUGUACCUGGUUGCUGCAGACCAGGAUGAUGCCGAGGGCUGGGUGGAUGCACUGCUGCUGCUGUCCCACCUGGUGCGGGCGGGGCGCACCGCUGGCGUGGAGGCAGCGCUGUCAGUGCGGCGGUGA